AUGGAUUUCAAUAUAGCUGCUGAAGAAAUGAGAAGGCUAGCAAAGGAGCCAACGGAUUCUGAGAAAUUGCUUUUAUAUGGACUAUAUAAGCAAGCAAUUCACGGCAAUAUCCCAUCAACAGAUGAUUAUCCUAGGCCGAUUGGUGAUAACAACGAAUGGGCGGUACUCAAAUACAACGCUUGGUGUGCGAAUGUUGUGGAGAUGAUAAUCACAAAUCAAUCACAGCAAGUUUUAGGAAAGACAAGAGGUGAAUGCGAGAAAGAAUAUGUUGAAUUCGCUGAAGAUAUGAUCAAGAAGUAUGAACGUAAAAUAAUUCGAUCGAAGUGGAACAGUGAAGUUUGGUCAGUGGAUUAUUAA